AUGGCUUAAUCAAUAAUUUUAAUCCUUCUUUGCUUUAUUGAUUCUUGUGAUACUUAAUGGCAAACAAAUUAAAAUUAUUUAAGUUCUAAUUAGAUAUUUACUGACUAAACUGAAGAUUUUGUUUUACCAUUCUCAACAACUUAAGCUUAAUUUAUCACAUGUACAACACCUGCAACAAGUUAUAUGACUUUAAAUUCCACCAAACCUUCAGCAAAUUAUUUAAAAAAAUAAUUUUACUUUGAUGGAAGCUUUAUCAAUUUUGAUUUAUUUUUUUAGGGUACAUGGUCAAAUGAAUUUAUAAUUUUUACUAUAGGUGAUACCUUUUUAUACAAAUAUUUGUAUAUUUCACCCUAAAAUUAUCCAAUUACACAGGGAUUUUGUGAUAAUUUAAUUGUGGAUGUUAAAUCUAUCAAUUUUACACUUACAAAUACAAUAUAAGAUAAAAUCUAAUUCACUUCUACAGGUUAAGGAGAUGCAUAAGUUUCAAUUAAAAAUGUAAUUGUUUCCAGACAUAUAUGUUUUCCAUCAUGCAGUUCAUGUACAGGUCCAAAAUUCAAUUAAUGCACAAAUUGUUAUUACGGAUCUGUUACUAAUAAUAUAUGUCCGCCUUGCUCAUCUAAUUAAUAUUAUAUGAAAUACCAAGGAUGUAAAGAUAUUUGUGAUAUAUACUCUCCAAUAGUCUAUAAAGGAUUCUGUUAAAGUUAUCCAAGUAAAUAUUUUUCAAUUUUUUAAUUUUAGUUUCUAAAAUUUUUUCAUUUGAAUUUUAAUCAUCUAAUCCUCUCCAUCCUGAGAAUAUGAAGUGGUCAAUCAUAUAUGACUUAUUAAAUAUCGAUGCUUCUCCAAAACCAUAAUAGAUCAACCGAUACCUGUAUGGGAUAUUUAAGUUUAAUUCAGGUAUCUAUAGAUUUUUCAAUUAAUUAUCUACUUAUUCUUUUUCAACUUAUUUAAUUGGAUUAAAAAUUUCGAUUCUACUUUUUUAUGAUAUUCCAUUAAAUUGUGGAAUAUAAUUUAAGAUUAAUGAUGUAUAUUCUGGAUCCAUUUAUAGAAAUGCCUCAGGAAUUCAAACACAUAAAUUAAAAAUAUUUUAAACCUAAUUAUAUGAUUCAUAUUUAAAUUAUUCUUUAAGGAAAAGUUAUGAUUUAAUUACAUACUUAAACAUUCCUAAAUCCCAAAUUGUAUUUUCUGCUAUUGGAAAUUAUACGUAAUUAUUAAUUUAUUUAUAUUAGUGAUGACACUGCAGGUUGGGGAAUGGUUUCAAUAGAAUUUACUUCAGGAUAUUGUCCUUAAUAUUGCAAUUUAUGCGAAGUAUCAUUUAAAUGUAAAACUUGUUAAAAUGGAUACUAUAUGUAUAGAGAUGGUAGCUGCAUAUCUAAUUGCUCUUCUUCAUAUCAGAAAUUAAUUGAUUUAUAUUGUUAUGAUUACGAUGAUGAAACACCUUGUAUUUAUAUAUUUAUGUAUUUAGAUUCUUAAUAUUUGAUUUAAGAAUAUACAAAUCUAGCAACUGAUCCUGAUUAAUAUUAAUAAUAUACAUUAAUAUUUUAAGAAGGUUCAAACUUUUUAAAAGGAUUGGAUAUAUAUUAUUCAUAUUGGUAAGAAUAUAGAGUUUUUGGAGGUCCUUUUGUUUGGGCUUAAGCUAAAUUUCAAAGAAUUCAUGAGAUAAUUGAUCCACAUCAUAGUAUCACUAUUGGAUUUUAUAUAAUUUAUGGACCAUAAUUUCCAUCUGAUGGAGGAUUUAUAUAUACAAUUUAAAAUAAUACACCAGUUACUAAAUCAUCAUCAGCUUAUCAUUCACUUUACUCUGAUGGAUCUAAAGAUGAUAAAAUAUAUGAAAGAAUAGUUCAUAAUACAAAUAAUUUAAUAAUUAGUUGGGAGUGUUUUGGAAAGAAUAACGAGCCUGUUUAUGCUUAUUGUGGAUUUUAUAAUUAUUAUAUUGCAGUUCAUUAUUGUUAACCUUAUUGUUUAUCAUGUUAAGAUUAGAAUAAAUGUACUUUAUGGAAUAGUAGUUAUGAUUCAAAAAUUGUAAGAUUCUCUUAAGAAGAAUGUUUAAAUACUUAAUAUUUUGAUCGAGAUUCUUUUUAAUGUUUGUAGUGUCUUUUACCUUGUUUAACAUGUAAAUCGAAAAUAGAUUGUUUAACUUGUGUAUCAACUUAUACGAAAACUAAAUUAGGAUGUAUAUGUAAAAUUAAUCAGUAUGAAGAUAAAAAUCAAUGCUUUAAUUGCCCAAAUGAAUGUAAUUAAUGUUUAAGUUAGACUUACUGUAUUGAGUGUUUAAUUUCUAAUAAUAGAAAACUUAUAAAUGGAUAAUGCAAUUGUAUAGAUGGAUAUUAUUCAAUAAUAUCGAAUCCUUAAUGCUAAUUAUGUGAUUAAUUUUGUAAAACUUGUUUUGGACCUACAUUUAAUGAUUGUUUAACAUGUUCAAAUAUUAUUAAUAUUGAAAUAAUAGGAACAACAUGUAGAUGUCCAAUAGGUUCAUAUUAUGAUGAUGCUUUAAGAACAUGUUCUUAAUGCCAUUAAUCAUGCUUAACUUGCUAUAAAAAUACAAUUAAUAGUUGUUUGACAUGUAAUCCUACUUUAAAUAGAAUUUUAAAAGGAUUAGUAUGUGAAUGUGCUCCUGGUUAUUAUGAUUUAAACAAUAUUUGUGCAAGUAUAAUUUAUAAUAAUAAUUUUAGAUUGCCCAAUUAAUGAAGAUAAAACUUUAAAUUAAUGUUAUAAAUAUUGUAAUAAUAAUUAAUCAAUAUGGUAUUCAAUUAUUUGUAAUUCUUGUGAUCCUGGAUUUCAAUUAAUAUCUGGAGAAUGCUAACCUAUUUGUGGAGAUUUAUAAAUAAAAGGAUAUGAAUAAUGUGAUAAUAAUUCAAAUCUAAUUGAUUUAUGUUAUAAUUGCUAAUUUAAAUGUCCAAUUCAUUGUCAAACAUGUAAUGAAACAACUACUUUACCUUGUCCAGAUAUUUGUGGAGAUGGAAUUAUUACUGGAAUUGAAGAAUGUGAAGAUGGAAAUACAAUUUAAUAUGAUGGAUGUUUUGAUUGUAAAUAUUAAUGUUAACCUGAAUGUACAAAAUGUAUUAAAGGAGAGUGUUUUGAAUGCGCAAAUAGAGGAUAGUACAUUAGCCAACAACUACUCCAUGGUUAUGCAAAGAUAAAUGUAGAGAUUCAAUCAAAACUGGAGAUGAAUAAUGUGAAGAUAACAAUUAAGAUGAUACAGAUGGAUGCAAAGAUUGUAAAUAUUAUUGUAGAAUUGGUUGUUCCUCUUGUGAUUAUAACACAAAAACUUGUUUAAGUUGUGAAUUACCUGGGUUUGCUCCUUAUGAAUAUUAUUGUGAAAAUAUUUGUGGAGAUGGGAUAGUUGUUAUUGAUCCUUAUGGAUUUUAUUAAGAAUAAUGUGAUGAUGGAAAUACAACUAAUAAUGAUGGUUGUAGUAAUAAAUGUUAAUAUUAAUGUUAAUCAUCUACAAUAUGCAUAAAUUGUAUUGAUAAUAGACGUUAAAUAUGUGCUUAAGGAUACUACCUUUCAAAAUCUAAAAUUUGCAAUCCUCUGUGUUAAAUCAAUAAUAUAUUGCCUUAUAAAGGAUGCUAAAAUUACUAAUCAUAUUGUUAGGUUUCCUGUCUUAUUUGUGAUACAAAUGGUCU